AUGCCAUCUGAUAAUAUUAACUCUGUCGAGGAGAAAGUUGACAAUAUUCCCGACUCACCAGAGCCAGCAGAGGAGGAUGUUAUCAGCAUUCCCGACUCACCGGAGAGUCCCAAGCCAGCAGAGGAGGAUAUUAUCAGCAUUCCCGACUCACCAGAGAGCCCUGAGCCAGCAGAGGAGGAUAUUAUCAGCAUUCCCGACUCACCAGAGAGUCCUGAGCCAGCAGAGGAGGAUGUUAUCAGCAUUCCCGACUCACCAGAGAGUCCCGAGCCAGCAGAGAAGAGUAUUUUGAAUAUUCUCGAUUCACCAGAGAGCCCCGCACCAGCAGAGAAGGGUAUUUUGAAUAUUCCCGACUCACCGGAGAGUCCCGAACCAGCAGAGAAGGGGAUUUUGAAUAUUCCCGACUCACCGGAGAGUCCCGCACCAGCAGAGAAGGGUAUUUUAAAUAUUCCCGACUCACCGAAGAGUCCUGAGGAGGAUAUUCUGAUCAUUGAUGAGUCAUCAGAGAUUCCAAAGCCAGCUGAAGACAAUUUUACGGUGCCCGAGACAUCGGUGAGCAUCUCAGAAAAACAUCAACCUAUGGAUGUAGAUUCAUUGGAGGUGUUGGUAUCAGAUACCAGAAGUGAUGAGCCAACAUGA